AUUAAAUGUCUGCCACGUCUUCCACCACAUUUUUGCUUUCUCUUCUCCAUACCACUGACCAAAACCAGCAAGAAAUCUCAGCCCAGAAACAUGGAACUCACCACCACUACCCAGUCUCUUUCCCAUGCCAAAAUCCCCAAACUCUUCUCCAAUGGGGGCACUUUUUUUGCCCAGAACUCUGUGAAUUUCUUGGGGUAUAAUUGCCUGCCAAGAAACCUGCAAUGCAGUGCCAAACAUCUCAGGAGUCUUGGAGCCAUUCAUGCUUCUGAGGGACAGAAUACCUCCACUGCUGUUUCCAUUAAAUGGCUUCUUGAACCUGUUGGUGAUGGAGAUACAAAGCACAUAGGUUAUCCCACUGCAAUGCCAGGUGCAUUUGAGAUCAGCUCUGGUGCAGUAACAGUCGGGCGCGUCUCUGAGAAGGCAGAUAUGGUGAUUCCAGUUCCCACAGUAUCUGGUGCGCAUGCCCGCCUCAGGCACACCGAGGACUGUCUCGUGGUAACGGAUUUAGACAGCACGAAUGGCACUUUCAUUGACGAGAAGCGCCUCAGACCCGGUGUUGCUGCUGCUGCAUUGCCUGGAACUCGUAUCACGUUUGGGGAUACUCAUCUAGCAAUAUUCAGAGUCUCGAAGCUCGAGAAGGUUGAUGAUGCUCCUGAAGAACAAGAAGAGUCUGCAGAGGCUAGCUAGAAGAAGCCUGGGAUCCAUAAUUGCUGUGUGUUGCAGACCACAAUGAAUAAUUGCAGAUGUAGUAGUCAUGUACAUUUUUGUGUUCCUCAGCUCAUCUUCCAUGUCCUUAAUUGUGCUCUUUAACUAUGCACAUUUUAGCAGUGCUGAGGUUUUUUGUUUUGUUUUGUUUCAUGAACAAGAAAUCAGUUUAGUAUAUUUCAUACCUGCAUAAACAUACA